CUUGCAAACCGUGUCGCGAGGGAGCGAGUAAUCCCCGGCGAGCAAGCAAGAAGCACAUGGUCGCUGGCAUCCUCAGCCCAGCCUGGCUGCUGCAUGGGACACCGGGCUGCACGCUGCCCUCCGAAGGCGGCUUGGGAAUCCCGAGGGGAGGAGAGGCGCCACCACCACCGAGACUUGCGCCUCUUUGCUCCCGGCGCGACGCUGUGAUCUCAGCACCGCGGAUCACUGAAAAGCAAAAGCCCCAUAGCGGAGAGCUUAAGUCGCCGCUGCCAAGGGCAGAUCGUAGCGAGGAUCCACCGACAGAAGUGCUUUCCGAAACCACCGCAAGCUUCUUGUUUGCAGCUCAGUUUUUUCAUCGGGGAUCGCCUUCGAACUCGCAAGGUGUUUGGAGGAAAUACGUUAGGGUUUUCUUUAAUUCUGUUUGCAUGCGCAUAUAAAUACUUGUAUCCCAGUGACAAGAGAAGCGUGCGUGUUGGCGGGGGGGGGGGAAACUGGUUUUACUAGAAGAGGGAUGGAAAGUCCCACUGUGACAGAAGGCAAGAUCGAUUUCCAAGUUGAACUUUAAAAAGUGCAAGACUUUGCUUGAAGAAACAGGAAAGAAAGAAAGAAAUCCGGAAAGGACACCGAGAAACCCACCUUGCAUGUAGGAAAAUAAAAGGCUCCCCUCCCCUUUUACUGACUAGCAGAAUUUCAUUUGGGUGUGAAAAGUUUUUGUUUUUAUUGACCUCACUUUCUGUAAAAAGAAGAAAAGCCUGCGCCCUUUCCAUCCUCCCUCCCCCAGUUCUGCCAUUUGAAAUGCAGGAUUUUUCAUUUUCCCCCAAUUUGGAUUUCCUUUCUCCUCUCCGAGCUGAAACUUGGUGCCCUUGACUUUUGGUGUUGUUUUGUUGUUGAGCCCCACACCUUUCUCCUUGCGACUGUCUCAUCGGCAUCAUCAUCAUGUCUUUCAACCACACCAUGAUCUCUUCUGCCAACAGCUCCUCCAAUGGGACCGGAGGAGCUGCUGAGGGCAGCAAGCCCUUGACCAUCCCCGCUGUCAUGUUCAUCUUUGGGGUCGUGGGAAACCUCAUUGCGAUUGUGGUGCUUUGCAAGUCCAGGAAAGAGCAGAAGGAGACCACCUUCUAUACACUGGUGUGCGGGUUGGCCGUCACAGACCUCCUGGGCACCUGCCUGGUGAGUCCAGUCACUAUUGCCACAUACCUGAAGAAUGAGUGGCCGGGUGGCCAGCCACUGUGCGAAUACAGCACCUUCAUCCUCCUCUUCUUUGGACUGUCUGGACUCAGCAUCAUCUGUGCAAUGUCCAUAGAGCGCUACCUGGCCAUCAACCAUGCCUACUUCUAUAGCCAUUAUGUGGAUAAGAAACUGGCGGCUCUCACACUCUUUGCCAUCUACGUUUCCAACGUCCUCUUCUGUGCUCUACCGAGCAUGGGUUUGGGCAGCACAAAGCUGCAGUACCCUCAGACGUGGUGCUUCAUAGACUGGCGGACCAAUGUUUCCACACAUGCCGCCUACUCUUACAUGUAUGCCGGCUUCAGCUCCUUCUUGAUCAUGGUCACAGUGGUUUCCAAUGUCUUGGUGUGCAUGGCCCUGAUCCGCAUGCACCGUCAGUUCAUGCGGCGCACCUCCUUGGGGACAGACAACGCCGCCAGCCGGUUGUCGGACUUCCGCCGACGUAGGAGCUUCCGGCGCAUGGCUGGAGCAGAGAUCCAAAUGGUCAUCCUGCUUAUUGCCACCUCCUUGGUGGUGCUAAUCUGCUCCAUUCCUCUUGUGGUGCGUGUCUUUGUGAACCAGUUGUACCAGCCACCUUUAGUGAAGGACAUCCAGCAAAACCCGGACUUGCAAGCCAUCCGCAUCGCUUCGGUGAACCCGAUCCUUGAUCCGUGGGUGUACAUCCUGCUUCGCAAGACUGUGCUGAGCAAAGCUAUCGAGAAGGUCAAGUGCCUCUUCUGCCGCAUUGGUGGGGCCCGCCGCCAGCACUCGGGAAGCAAUUUCAACUGCACAGAUGGCCUCAGAGCCUCAUCCACCGCAGCCAGCCAUUCGCCCUCCUUCAUCUCUCGAGAGCUGAGGGAGAUCAGCAGCACCUCACAGACUCUUCUGUAUCCACUGGAGCCAGGCGAAGGAACUGUCGGAGACCGUAUGUUGUUGCCAGGAGCCAGCAGCAGCCUGGCCCAAUCAGACACUAUAUCCAUAAGGACACUGAGGAGCUCCAACACCUCAGAGUCUUCCCAGGGCCAUGACUCAGAGAAUGGUUUUCUGGUGAAUGAACUCAGGCCCCGCGAUGGGGUCAGCCGCACUCAAAAGAGCAGUUCUCUUCAGGUCACCUUCCCCAGGGAGACACUGAACUUGUCGGAGAAGUGUAUAUAAGGAACGAAGGAAAUUCAAGACACGGGAGGUCCUUCAGAGGAGGGCCUGGGAGGAACUCGUGCAGCAGGCAUAUCCAAUGUCCAUCCUUUUUCAUCCAGUCUGUUUGGCCUGUUGCGGCUCAGGCCACGUUCUUAGUCUGAUGGGAUUGAGUAGCCCUUUCGGGCAAGGUGGGUUGGCAGUGGGCACCUAGCGAGAGACCCAUGCGGGACACAAAAAUGGCCAUCAGUGGUGGGAUUAAACAUCCUGGCUGCUACACACGAGGUGGGCCGUCUAUCCUGUAAAGGGAGAAAGCUCUAGCUGCACCCUGAAGUGGUGUGUUAUGGUGUGAUAAGCACAGCUCCUGCAGGUGACCACGGAUCAUCCCACAGACCCAUCCUCUGCACCUGCUGAUGUAAUAGAUGAAUGUAUAGUGGUGGCAGAUGUGCAGGCUGCUACUGGUUGCCUUUCCUUGCCUUGUAACACAGGACUCUUUUCCAGAAGGAGGUUUCCAAAGCAUUGCUGUUUCCCUGCACCUAAAUACGAUUCAAGCACACUUAUCCCCUCUCCCUUAUUACUUAAUAAGGUUUGGUGAGAAUUAAUUAAGACAGUUGCUGGUAGCUGUGUAAACUGCCCCCGUCGAUAUGAAACUCUGGUGUGGAAAAAAAAUGUGAAUUACUCUGGCUGUAUAUAUCGUGACUGAAUGUAUUUAAAAAUGCUAUAUUCUUCUCUGUGAGAAGGUUAAUUGUUAAUACAAAGUAUAUAAAAAGUACUAUUACCAGCCCUCUCCUCCUCCUCCUUAUGCCAGCUGAUAGAUAAUUUUACAUUAGAUUUAUUUUUCAGAUAUGCAAACUCAGUGGGCCAUAGCAGAGCUCAUUCUAAAGACAGGAGUGGAGGAAUUUGGAAUCAAAUGGGAACAGGUUAUGAUACCACUGGGGGAAAUAAAGGAAAAGGCUUUGUGUUUUUCAAAUGCUCCUUGUUACUUGUGGGUAUACUAAAAAAAGAAAGCAGAGUGUAGGUGUUGUGAAUGUCUUCUCAAAAUGCAGUGGCUCCUACCUAGGUUAAUAAUCCAGUUCCCCAAACUGGAUUGGGGGAUACAUACACAUGGCACAAUCCUACUCAGGUUUACUCAGAAGUAAGCCCCACUGUGUGGAGCUUAUUCUCAGGCAAGUGGGCGUAAGUUUGCAGUCAUAGUUAUGGUAGGGGGAAUUCUUGCACAUCUAACCACUUCUAUAAAAGUGUUUGCAGGACCAAGGACCAAAACACACAUCUCUGGCUGAUGUCAACUUUGCCCAACUUUAAACUUACACCCGCAGAAGCAACGUUGAGUCCAAGUAAACAUGUUUAGGAUUGACAUCCUAGGGCUAGUUCAUCCAGCCAGAACUCCUGCGCAUGAGUGUGCAGGGCUACUUGUGGUCCAGCCCAGAUUAUGUGGCGGCACAGAUUGUGUGAAGUGUUCCUUCCACAUAGGAGAUGUAUAUGCAGCUCCUGCUAUGUGGCAACAAAAAGAAAAAAAAUGUCACUGCAAUUGCACACAUUUUUGGGCUGCAAGUAUGCCUGAUCCCACCAUGAACACAUCAUCCAUCCCUGUUAGAAGUACCAGCUGUAUGUGCUAGUGAUGCCUAGUCUAAAAAAAAAAAACACCUACUAAAAGAUGUUGACUUGCUAAAUGUUUUAUCGUUGUAUAGUGCACUCCACUUAUACACGUAUACUAUUGCCAGCAGCUUACACUGAACACCUUUCCAUUCUCCAUAGAUGGCAAAGUAGUUAUCAUUGCUAUUUAUAUCAAGGGUUGGACACCACUGUACAAGAGAUUGAAAAGCAAGAAAACCCAGAACUGGGUGCAGGAUUGUUCCCAAUACUGUGUGUGUCUGCAUGUUUUAGGAUUAAACCUAGACAUAAUCUAUUCAUACUUCAGGAUGGUGUGAUCUUGUCUAUUUGUGCUUGUUACAUAUUUUCUUUGCCUAUAUUCUCUACACUAGGGCUGGGAAACCCUUUUCAGCCUGAGGGCCGCAUUCCAUCAUAGACAACCUCCUGGGGGGGGUGCAUGCAGAUAGUGGGCAGAACAACAGGUGCAUGUCUUACCUUUGUUGCACAGUAAGCUAUAUUCCACCCAUGCAAAAGUCAGCAGUUUCUGACAGCCACAUAUAUUACCCCAUCCUUGGGACAGGGAAGCAAGAGAAUUCCUUCAUUCAAAAACACAUUCCUGACAAGCAAAAUCACUUGAGGUGGCCAUGGAAAGGCAUGGCUUGGUGACAGUCCCAAGGACCAGCCAGGAAGGCAGCAUUCAACGCCUGGAUCCGAGGUUCCUUAUUCCUGCUCUACACCAGCCUACCCCCACUAGGGUAUGAUCUAAAGGCACACAAGCUCACCACCCCUUUUGCUAAAGCUAAGCAGGUCUAGGUUUGAUCAGUGUCUGGAUGGAUGACUGCCUGGAAAUUACAUGUACAGUAGGGCCCCACUCAUACGGCAGGUUAGGUGCCAGACUCCCGCCAAAAACCGCUGAAAAGCGCUACAGCUGAUCUUCCCCUCCUCUGGCAUGAUCAGCUGGAGAGCAGGGAGCUCCAGCCCCCCUCCAGCUGAUUGUCCCGCUGGUGCCUUAUUAGUGGAAUGCCGAAAAGCGGGGCCCUACUAUACGCUGCCUUGGACUCCAUGAUAGAACAAAGGCAGAAAAUAAAUUUAAGAAAAUAAGUUUCAGCUCUUCUGAAGCAUGAUUGGUCUUACAGUCCACUUGUUAUACCAGAUAAAAUGAGUUUGCACUAACACUUUUGGGAUACUAGGAGGGCAUUGUGCUUAAAAAUUAAUGUUUAUUUUUGGAUAGCAACAAAAAAACAAAAACCCAAAGAAGACCUGAGAUACAUUAGAAAGAAUGACUGGUAGGAUACCAGGGGGACCUUAGCCUUCAAGAUUUCACCUCACUAAAAACAACAAAGCCAGAGGGAAUUUUACGUCUGUGUGCCAUGUUCAAGAGGUUAAGACUUUUUGUCCCAGUUUUGCUGUGACCCUGUACAGAUUUUUGGAGGCCCGGUUUUUGUCAAGGAAAAUGUUAAGCAUGUUACGUUGCUUAAUGUGUUUUCAUGUGAAUUGCUUUCUGUUGGAACUAGAAUUCUGAGCCUGAAUGUUAGUGAUACACUUUACAAAACUGUUUGUACUGGCACAAAUCUCUUUGAAAUCACAAUUAAAUGCAGACAUGCCAC